GCCGCCAGUCCUUGCCCGGAGCCUCGGCCUGCGCCCGCUGCUCCUCUUCCCUCUCCCCGGCGAGGAUGCGGGUGUGCUGCCCCGCUCCGUUGCUGCGGAGGCUGCUGCGGGUGUCGGCGUGCCCGGUGUCGGCGUGCCCGACGCGGUGUCGGUGGCGGGCCGCGGCCCUCCCGGCCCUCCCGGUCCCCCCGGUGCCCCCGGCCCGGUCCCCGGGCCUCCCGUGCCCGGCGGGCCCGCUGCGGCUGCUGCGGCUCCUGCUGGGGCUGCGUGCGGGCCGCGCCCUGGCCACCGCCGCCCUCCCACAGUCGGCUCGGAAAUUCACAGACAAACACGAAUGGGUAUCGGCCGAAAAUGGCAUUGGCACCGUGGGAAUCAGCAAUUUUGCACAGGAAGCAUUGGGAGAUGUAGUUUACUGUAGUCUUCCAGAAGUUGGGACAAAAUUGAAUAAACAGGAUGAAUUUGGAGCUCUGGAAAGCGUGAAAGCUGCUAGUGAACUGUAUUCCCCUCUAACGGGAGAGGUCACCGAGAUCAACACCGCUCUGGCUGAAGACCCAGGUCUCGUCAACAAGUCUUGUUACGAAAAUGGUUGGCUGAUCAAGAUGACCCUAAGCAAUCCUUCUGAACUUGAUGAGCUGAUGAGCGAAGAGGCCUACGAAAAAUACAUCAAGUCUAUCGAGGACUGAACCCGGAACCGUCAACUGAGCCAGUAUGGGAAACAGUUAGCCCGACCUAGUUUUGCCCUAAAUUAGUGGUGUCCAGAAGACGUGAAGUGUAGCGACAUGGAAAUUUGUAGGUUAACCCCAUCCCCCAGAAGACACUGCUGCGUGAGGAACAUCCAUUAACCGAGCGUAAAUGUUGGAGGGUAAAAAUUGCACAACUCUCUCCUAGUGAUUUUCAUUAGGCUGCCGUCUAAUCGAAUAACGCGGGAAACCGGUAACGUCAUCUCCGGUUUAAAAAAAAAAAAAAAAAUGAGUGCCCUUCAAAGUUAGCAGCUUGAUCUGCCGAAGCCUUAAUUGAGGGAUGGGGGCCGUCACCGUGGAUCAACUGGCCGAGGAAGGGACGGAGGCUGUCCCCGUCCGUCGGAGUUGUUGACGAGUGCCGAGACGGCGAGCCGCACGGAGGCCUCGGUGAGGUGGGUGGCGUCCCGACCGUCAGGUGCAGAGCGGUGCCGUUUCAGUUUUCCGAAUUAACUCCUUCGGCUGCUUCCUACGAGGUGGGGCCGCUGGUUUUACGGCAGAAUAGUUAACCAGGUUAAUAAAAAGAAACUGACUUCUCUA